AGAAAAUAAGAAAUAGUAAUAAUGCCUGCUGUGAGCAUUUGUGAUCCAGUUGCGGCUACACUUCGUUGUGCUUUGGAGACCAGUCAACCAAAGACAUCGGAUGAUUUAUCUACAAGUUUAGUCAGUAGUGCAUCUAGGAUUCUACAAUCAGAAAUUCAAUACAAAGAAGUAGAUGAUUAUCAAACAACAAUUUUGGAUCAACUUAAAGCCAAAUAUAUUGUAUUAAGCCUACCAAACUCAGAAAAUUCUGAAGACAAAGUAAAAGAUGGUGCAAAUUAUCUAAAGAGAAAUGAAAGAUUAUCUAAAGGACCCAGUUUACCAGAACCAACCAUUACUUUAUAUUCUUCAAAGAAAGUCAGUUUAGGGUGGAAAGGCACAUUUCCAGUUGGAGCUGGCAUGAACAAUGUUGGAAAUACUUGUUAUUUGAAUAGCACACUUCAAGCACUGUUUCAUGUACCGGCGCUUGUUAACUGGUUAUUAUCAGAUUCACACCACACAUCGAAGUGCGAACAAAAUGUUUUAGAUGGAGGUGGAGAGUGCCUUACAUGUGCAGUGGCAAAGACUUUACAAUUUAGUCAUCAGAAAUCUGGUUGUGCUAUUAAGCCAUUCUAUAUAUAUAAUAAAUUAAAGCUCAUUUGCCGAACUAUGGUGCCAGGACAACAAGAAGAUGCUCAUGAAUUUUUACGUUAUUUACUGGAAGGCAUGGAGAAAGCUUAUUUAGCAAGACACAAAGCUAGCAAAUUAGACAGUUAUUCUAAAGAAACAACUCCUAUUAAUCAAAUUUUUGGUGGUUAUAUUCGUACUGAAGUAAAGUGCCUACAAUGUCGACAUGUUUCUACUACAUUUCAGCAUUUUCAGGACUUACUGGUGGAUAUACGCAAAGCAAGUACUUUGGAUGAAGCAUUAAGUAGUUAUUUUAGUCGUGAACAGUUAGAUAACAAUGAUUACAAAUGUGAAGCUUGUAAGAGAAGAGUUCCUGCGACAAAACAAUUUAGCCUAGAACGACCUCCUAAAGUACUUUGUGUACAAUUAAAGAGGUUUAGUGUUCUAGGUGCGAAAAUAUCUAAACAUAUAGGCUUCAAACAAACUAUAGAUAUGGGUCCUUAUCUAUGGAGAGAGCCAGGAGAACCUAUACAGCCACUUACAUAUAAACUUAUGUCAAUAGUUACACAUAUGGGUCCAUCAGUUAAUUGUGGGCAUUAUACUGCAGUUGCCAAAGUUUCAACGGGCCAAUACUAUUCCUUUGAUGAUUCUUGUGUUCGUCCAAUUAAUUUGAGUAAUGUAUUGAGUACAAAUGCAUAUAUAAUGAUUUUUGAAAUGGAACAACCAACACAAUCUCAGGUUCAAAAUCAACAGACUGUUAAAUUAAAUGGUACACUGACUGUUAACAAUACACUAUCUUCAUCUGAAAGUCCUAUGAAUAGAACUGUAAGUCCUAAAGCAUCAACGUCUGGAUUAAUCGCUUUAAAUGGAUCGACGAAUGGCUUGUCAACUACUAAAGAGGGUAGUGAAAAUUCAGAGACAAAUUCCCAAGCAUCGGUAAAUAAAAAUACAGGACUACAAUUUUCCACGCAAACAGUUACAAAUUUUAUCGGGCCACAAUUGCCACAAAAAUUACAAGAUAAAGCUCAACCAAGAUUAAUUAUGCAAAUUAAAAAUGGAAAAGUUUUAAAUGGAAAUAGUUUGGUUCCCUAUGACGGAUCUAGCGAAGAAGAGGAUAUUAGUGUUGUAGGAUCACUAAAAAAUAAGACAAAUUCAAAUUGUACAUCAAAAACAAAUGUUUCCCCUAGUAGUACUAAUGGUAUCCAAAAAGGAUCUCCAGUAAAGGGUGGUACACCUAAAACAGUUCUUAUUUCAAAGGAUACGCAAAAAUCUAUAUCAAAGACAAAUGGUAGUAGUAUUCCUCAAAAUCAAACUAACGUGAUGCAGUGUUCGAAAACACAAAAUGGUUCUAGUUGUAGUACUGUUACAAGCUUGACAAAAUAUCAAAAUGGUCAAACAGAAGCGAAUGGUAAGACAGAGAGCAGUAGUAGCAAAAGUAAAUGGCAUCAGUCUAUCCGAACGAAAGCUGGUCAAGAUGAGAAAGUAGUUACAAAAGCGGCAACUAGCAGCAUGAAAGGAUGGCAAGUUUCAAAAGACACAUCUUCUCCUGCAUCAACUGCAGCACCCAAUGGCUGGUCUGUUACUGACAAGGAGGAUAUUAAUAGAAGUAGCCAAAACACAACACCCAGUGCUGCAGCUUUAAGAGAUUUCAAUGGUACGAAUCGUUCCGAAACAGUUUCACAUCUAUUAAAGAUGUCUCAUCGUGGUUACGGCAGUUCGACGGUUUCAAAUUGGAACGGCAAUAGAACGCAUUUAGACCGAGAAGUUGAUAAUGAUAGACGGGGAGAACGUAAACGCCAUUUUAACGCGGAUGACGAAGAAAUAGAUCGUGGCCGAGUGAAGAAAGCAAAAGAUCAUCGAACGUACGAAGAAAGAAGUAACACGGUUUAUAACCCUUUCCAAGAGUAUCAGAAUGGUAAAACGUGGAACCGAUCUCUUGGUGGUUAUUAUCGGAGAUAUUAUUAUAACACUUCUACCCAUAGUCGGCAACGACAUGGUAGACAUUAUAGACCUGCACAUUACAGAUAUCACAGUCACUCUCGAGCACAUUGGCAACGAGGAUAA